GGUACGUCCUACUUUCUCAGUAUGAUUGCUUCCAGAGGGACUUGUGUGGCCUGAGUUGCUGUUGCUGCUACUGCUGUCAACUGCCCUGUUCUUCGUUCUCAAGCUGUAGAACUCAGACUGGGAGGUUGAAUAAUUGUGAAUAUUCAAAGGAUGAUUAUUUUCUAGAGGAAAACAUGAUAGCAAGUCAGGAAGAGGACUUGAAGCUGCUUCUUGAGGUGUUUCUUGAAGAUAAAAAUAACAAGAAAAUAGAAGAAGAAUUGAAACAACUAAUAGAAGACCCCCGAAAUGACAUAGAAAAGACAAUUAAUGAAAUGACAAAAACAAAUGUUGAGUUAGCAAUGGAGAAUGAAAAGCUUGAAACAGAGUUGCUACAAUCUUCAUCAUCUUAUCUGAUUAAAAAGAAUAUUCCUAAAAAGAAAAUGAAGUUCACAUCGGUGGAGAACCCAAAGGAUGACAGCCAAUAUUUAAAUAUCUCUUGUUCAUUUCAAGUAACUACACAAUUUGAAUAUGAAUUGCAGCAAGGACAAGCACUUAUCACUUUUGAAGAUGAACAAGUUGCACAGAACGUGAUAAAAAGAGGAAAACAUUUUGUGAAACUUGAGAAUAAGGAGGUGCAGCUGAUGGCCAAAGCUGUCCCACUAAAAACAGGUGUAAGUCUUCAGGUUCACACAAAAAUUUCUAAGAAAAAGAUUGAUGUUUCUGAAAUACCUGAUGAGUUACCUGAAGAACAGAUGAGAGACAAAUUAGCACUGAAUUUCAGUAAAUCUCAGUAUGGUGGUGGAGAAGUAGAACAUGUGGAGUAUGACAAAAAAUCCCAAACAGCUGUUAUUACAUUCCUUGAGAAUGGAGUUGCCGAUUCUAUUCUCAAACACAAGAAAUAUCCUCUUUUUACAAAUACCAACCGCCAUCAAGUUGUUGUUUCCCCACAUAUGGAAAAACACAUAGACAAGCUCCAGGUAUUCUCAGGAAUUUCUAAGAGGACUGUCCUUCUGAUUGGACUUCAAAAUAUUCAAGAAGAUGAAGACAGUGUAGAAGAUGACAUUGUUAUUCAUUUUCAGAAAGGGUCAAAUGGAGGAGGGGACAUAGAAGUAGCUAAAUGUGCUCUCAAACAACCUCAAAUAGUUUAUUUUGAAGCUGAUCUAGAUCGGGGGAGCCUAAUCUGGGAACUAUGAGCUUAUUAAAUUUUUUUUGAUAAUUAUAUUUCAAUAUAAUUAAUUUCUUUGUUAAUCCUAUGCAUUUAACAUUGUUCUGAGGAGUCCAUAGACUUUACUAGACUGACAAAGGGGUCUUGUAAUCCCCAUAUACAAAAAUGAUUAUGAAUCACUGAUUCUUAAAAAAGUCACAAGAUAUUACUGCUACUGGACACAAAUUUAGAUUGUGCUAUAAAUGCUUACAUUGCUUUGAAAUCCCUUUCUGAAAAAUGUCAAAAAUAACUUUUUUACUUUGUAGUUUCUACUUGCUCUUAAAAUAAAAAAAAAAGUAUUCCUUUAAUUAAAAAAAAAUUCUAACUUGGUUCCAAAGGUGUUGAAUACUUCAUAUCAGAUUAGUGUAAUGCCAAAAGCAUAAUUGCAGAGUAUGGAAAAUGAAGCAUAGAAUUUACUCCCUAUCAGAGACGUUAUAGGCUCAAAAUUCAGAAUAAGACAUACAUUUUUGGACAUGGCAAAUUUGAGAAUUUGUUUUGCUUUACUGUAAGAGUUGAUUGCAUGUUUGCUCUGAGGUUUCCUUUCUCUCUCUCUCUUUUUCCUCCUCAGAUGGGGAAGAAGCAGUUUGGAGGGAAGAAAAACUAAAAGCUUGUUAUUUGAAAAAGAUUAAAUUGAUUUUUAAAAGAUGCUGAAUAAAAGUUCUUCAUUAAAAUGUCACUCAAAAUGACUGAAUAUUGCUAGGCAUGUGGGAAUAUACCUGAUAAUGAAUAAUCUGGGAAGGGGAGAGCUAAAUGACUCUUUGAAGGGGAUGGUUUAGAAAGAAAUGAGAUGGUGACUUUAUUAUUCAACUAUUUUAAAAUGUUAAUUCAAAACAAUUUUUACUUAUUGUGAUUUUAUUUUUCUAGCUUCCAAAUGUUACUUUAUGAGAGACAUGUCAGAGCACAUGGGGGUUGGUCUUUUUUCUAAGAUAAAAAACAUUUGAUAUUAAUGUUUAAUUUGAAACUAUUCAAGCAGACCUGUGCCUAAAAUGCAGAAUACUUUAUUAACAUUGUUCUUAAAUAGUCAAAUGGCAUAUGAUUCAGAUUCUGAUGUCUAAUGGGAAACCAGGCCAGACUUCUACUCCAAAGAUUUCCAUAGCUAACUAAAUAGAGAUGAAGAACUUUUUAAACCUUCUGAGGAAGUUUUUAUUUUUUGGAACAGAUGAAUUAGCCUUGCUGAUUUCCAAAUCGGCUCAUGAAAUUUGUUUGAGAAAAAACAAAGUUUUUCACAUGAGGCUAUUUAUGUAUUGGUAGCUACCAUCUGUAUUGAACAUAAAUUUUUGUUAACAUUUUCUUAGCAUUGAUUGGCCAGCCUAUUACCUGAGACUAGUGGCCUGGUUCAUGAGCAGAAGUAUUAUUGUGCCAGUCACGCUGGGAAUUUCACAAUCCUGUGGUUCAUUUUCCAGGGACUCCCAAAGUUAUGGGAUGGGAAUGCUUUAACCUUAAAUGCCUUCAGUCUGAACUGCAAAGGCAUUAAUAGGUUGUGACAGGGCAGAAACUCAGAUCAAACAUCAUACCUCUCCUCCAGAAAUAACAUAAAUAAAGUCUAAAGUCAUGAAGUAGGCUGGAAAAAUAAGCAAGCCAAAAAAAAAAAAAAAAGAAUCUCAUAAUAAAGAGUUAUUCUGGUGACAAAAAUGUUCAAGACUGAAACCCAGAGAAAGAAAUUGACUCAAAAACAUCUAUAAACAAAGUUUCAGUAGAAAAUGCAGUAUGGAUACAAGUCAAAUAAGAAUCCCUAGAAGAAUUCAAGUAAAAGUUGUUUUUUUUUUUUUUUUUUUUUUAAUUUAGAAAGACUAAAAGUGAUAUAAAAAUCAAAUGAGAGUGGUAGAGGAAAAAAGCUAGUGAAGAAAUACAUUAAAAGAUAAUUUACAGUUUAAAACUAGAGAUUCAAAAGCUUACCAAAGAAAACCAGUUUUUGAAAAUUAGAAUUGAUGAAAUAUAUACUAAUGACUUCCACAAGAUAUCAAAGAGUUACAAAACAAAGCUUAAAAAAUUGCUUUUUAGAAAAAAAAACUGAUUUGGAAACAAACUGAGGUGAUAUUAUUUUAGUCAUUGGAUGCCCUGAAAGCUAUGAACCAAACAUAUUUUAAGAAAUCAUUAAAGAAAAAACUGCACAGAAAUCUUUGAAACCUAGGGCAAAUGGAAAGAAUCCAAUAGCCCCUUCCUGAAGGACACCUGAAAAUAAAAACUUCAUGGAAUGUUAUAGUUUAAAUCCAAACCUUUAGAACUCUAGCAUCAUCAGAGGCUCAUAGACUUAGAAUCUGGGAGUGAUGGUUAUGUUUUGACGAUUUCAAAAGAAGAAUAGAAAGGAUGGGAAAGGGCAACACACUGGGAAGGGUGAGGAGAGGAUGAAUGAAGGAAAUUAUCUCAUUUAAAUGGAAUGUACAAGCAUAAGUACAUUAACAUAGCAUUAAGUACAUAAACGAGGAAGGGACUGCAGGGGGAAGCAAGUGAAACUCGAACCUCAUUCUCAUUUGAUUUAGUUAAAGAAGGGAAGAAUCCAUCUACAUGGUUUUGGGUACAAAAAUACAUCUUAUUCAACUAGGAAAAAAGAGGGAAAGGGGAGGGAGAAUAAAAGAAAGGGUUGCUCAUAGUCAGAAGCACAUCCUUAAAAGAGGGGAUAAGAAGAAAGAAAAAUAAGGAAUAAAAUAAGAUGAUGGAGGGACCCCCCCCAAAUAGUGAUCAUAACUAUGUGAAUAGGAUGAACUUAUAUAAAGAAUGAAAAGUAUCUAGGAGAUCAGAAACAAGAACUCAACAAUAGGUUAUUUAUAAGAAAUACAUUUGAAGCAAAAAGGUACAUAGUUAAAAGAAGGGGUUGGAAAAGAAACUAUUAUGGUCAGUGGGAAAAAAAAAAAACCAGAAAAUAAGGAGGAGCAAUUGUGAUCUUGAACAAAGUGAUAAAAACAAACUAAUUGGGCAAAUAGAGAAAUUAUAUUUUGCUAAAAGAUAUCAUAGACAAUAAAAUAUCAAUUAUAAAUAAAUAUGAUGUAGCACACCAAAUGAAUGGCAUGAGAUAUAAAUUCUUAAAGAAAAUAUUAAAUAAGUUAUAGGGAGACAUAGUAAAACUGCUUAUCUAUAAUAUUUCUUCUUUCUUUCUUUUUUUUUUUUUUUUGCUGAGGCAAUUGAGGUUAAGUGACUUGCCCAGAAUCACACAGCUAGGAAGUGUUAAGCAUCUGAGACCAGAUUUGAACUCAGGUCCUCCUGAAUUCAGGACUGGUGCUCUAUCUACUAUACCACCUAGGUGCCCCUGCUUAUCUAUAAUAAAAGUAUAAUAAUGAAAGACCUCAAUUAACUCCUUUCAAACUAGAUAAAUCUAACCAAAAAAAUAGAAAAGUUAGAUAUGAUAGACCGGUAUUGGAUAUUGAAUUGGAAUAGGAAAGAAUACAUACAUCUUCAAUUGUGAUGGCAUCUUCAAAAAAAUUAUGUAUUAGGGUAUAAAAAACCCUCAUAAAUAUAGCAAUGCAGAAAUAUUAAAUGUAUCAUUUACUGACUACAAUAUAGUAAUAUCAUAUUUACUAAGGAGACUUUAAUAUCAUAGAAGAUAGAAUACCAAGGAAAAAAAAAUGAAGACAUAAAUAAACUCCCAAAAGGAGAGGGGAAAAGCCCAAGUAGAUUGAUUUGUAAGUGAACCCUAUCAAACAUUUGAAGAACAAUUAAUUCCAAUACUAAACUGUUUGAAAAAUAGGUAAAGAAGAGUUGCUACCAAAUUCUUUCUAUGAACAAAUGUAGUCUUACUACUCAAACAUUUGUUUCUAAAUAAAGAAAACUUUAGAUAUCUCUAAUGAAUAUUGAUGUAAAAAUUUUGAAUAAAUUAUCAUUAAGGUGAAUACAACAAUUUGUCACACAGAGGCAAAUGAGCAUAGUAAUCUAGUGUUUGAUAAACCCUAAGGUCCCAGCUACUGGGGAAAGAGCUCACUAUUUGACAAAAACCAUGGAAAAUAUUGGGAAAUGGCAGAAACUAGGCACAAACUAUCAACUCAUGCUUUCUACUAAGAUAAAUUCUAAAAAAGUCUAUGAUUUAGGCAUAAAAAAUGACAUUAUAAGCAAAUCAGAGGAGCAUGGAAGAAAUUAUCAGUCAGAUCUAUGACUAGUGUAAAAGUUCAUGACCAAACAUGAAGAUAAAGAGGUGAAAUAGACAUUUUUAAUUCUAUAAAAUUAAAAGGUUUUUUUGUACAGACAAAACCAGUGUGUCUAAAAUUAGAUGGGAAUUAGGAAAUUUGGGGGGAAAUCUUUGCAGCAAGUUUCUCUGAUAAAGAUCUUAGUUAUAAAUUAUAUACGGAACUAAGUCACAUUUAUAAGAAUAAGACAUUCCACCACUGAUAAAUGGCCAAAGGUUAUGAAUAGGCAAUUAUUAGAGGAAAAAACCCAAAGUAUAAGUAGCCACAUCGGAGGAAAAGGCUCUAAAUCACUAAUGAUUAGAGAAAUGCAAAAUAAAAAAAUUCUGAGGAAUCACUUAAUAUCCAUUAGAGGGAAAAAGUUUAGAAAAAGGAAAGUGACAAAUGCUGGUGGGGUUAUCAGAAAACAUACUUCAAUACACUAUAAUUGGAGCUGUGAAUUUGUCCAGAAAUUCUGGGAAGCAGUUUCAAAGUAUGCCCCUAAAACUAUUAAAUUCUGCACAUUGUUGACCCAGCAAUACAUCUACUAUAUCCUUAGCUCAAAAAGAUUAACAAAUAAAGGACCCACAAAAAUAUUUAAAGCAGUUCUUUUUAUGAUAGUAAAGAACUGAAAACUGAGGAGCUGCCCAUCAAUAUAUAUGGCUAAACAAGUUAUGGUAAAUGCAAGUGAUGAAAUACUAUUGUGAAAUAAGAAAUGAUGAAAGGGAUGGUUGCAGAAAUGGGUAGUAAGUAAGACUUGUGUGAACUGAUGCAAAAUAAAGUGAGAGAGCCAGGAGAACAAUUUAUACAAUAAUUACAAUGCAAGUAUAGUCAUUUCUGAAUUUUCAAGUUGGGAAAAGUUAUAGGAAUCUUAAAAUGAAGAACAUAUAGAACAUAAAAAUAUCUUUGCCCCAGGAAAAGCCCACAUUUAUCAUUUUUCCACUAGAAUAAUGAUACACGCAAACUCUUAGAAUAAAUUGACAAAAUCUUAAAUGAUCCUUUAAUCUACGAUGUAUUUCUGAUUGUAUGAAUUUAUGUUACCACAAUGGGAAUGUAUAUUCAUAUUUUUUUUUCUGAGUCUGUUUUGAUAGACUAUUCAAUAAAGGGGUGCUCCAUCCUUAAGAACUAACUGUAGUUUAAAAUUUUUGAAUUUUCUAGUAACAUCAGAAGUUGGAGAAAGAUAAAAAAAAAUUGGAAGUUUCCUCAUCUAAAGCCUUGUCUGGUAAUUUUAGGAACUAGGUAUGCAAAUAGCCUAAAUUUUCUUUUCUCCAAUUUGGAAAGGAGGCUUGUUUACAUUGUCUCAAGCAAGCUCCUGCCUUUCUGUAGAAUAAGGUAAAUACUUUUGAAUGAAAAAAAAAUCAUAAUUUCAUUUAAGAAUUUUGUUUACAUGAAUAUGAUGGAUUUCUCUGAAUGAUUUGACAGAAUCCAAUUGUCUGGUAAUUAGAGCGAAAUCAUCAAAAGUAAUAAGAUUAUACCAUGCAUUUGCAAGUUCACAAAAAAGAAACCAAAUUUAUAGGACAAAAAGAGGUAUAGGUUUAAGAAAUUAAAAGGUUUAAUAACAGAGAGAAAUAUUGACUCAAUAUGAAGACAAAUGCAAUCUAUGAUUUGCAAUGAUCAAUUUGGUAUUAGUCAAUAGCUAAUUUGGUAAUUAGUCAAUAGGAGGGAACAUUAGGGAAACAAAAGUUUUUUUUUAAAUUAGAUAGUUUAUAUGGUUAUACUGUAAACAUGAAGCUUAAUUAAAAAGUAACAUAAAAGUACUCUUAAAAGUAAAGAAUUCUAAAAUAAAACUGCAUGAGUGAGUUCAAUUUUUGGCUUCCCCUCAGAAGGAAAAUAGAACUAGUGACUCUUCACUUAAUCAGGAACUAUAUAAGGCCUUCUUUGUUGCCAGUGAUCAGUAUUUCCAGCAUGGGUCAACUUAGAAAAAAUGACAGAGAAAAAUAAAAUCCUAGUAUUGUAGAAAGUUUAAGGAAGUUUUAGAUAUCAUGAGGAGACAUUAACAUGCUUCCUAAACUAUGAACUCUAUCUAAAGAAAUGCUUAGGGAGUUAACAGUUACUUUUAAUGUUUCUCAUUGUUUAUAAGUAUGAUUUCACAAUUUCUAAUAUUUUCAUGGAUGUGGAAAAAUAGCUGAAAUUUCAUAGCAAUUAAAAUUUUUGAUUUACAUUGGGCUUGAUAGAUUAAUUGAAAAAAAUUAUAAUUCACAGCAUAGUUGAUCUGUGUUCUGAAUAGUAACUUCUGGCGCCAUAUUUUGUGGUUGAAAAUUUAAAAAAUGAUAAUUACUGUUUACUAUACAAGUACAGAAUGUCAGAAUUGGUAAAUACAUUUUCUGCAUUGUUAAUUUAGAGAUGUAUUCUACUAGGUUAAUGUCCUUUGGCUGGCAAUCAGUUUUGUUUGUAUUUUGUGUUUGAAGUAUAUGAUAUCCAUGAGAUUAUUUUAUAUUAGUACUGAGUUUAUAACUUUUCCACAUUAUCAUCUUGGAAAUCAUUGUUUGAAAGUUCUGUUGAAUUUGGAAUGAUAUCUAGUAUCACUCUAUUUUUUACUUUUUAAUAAAAUUUUUGCAAUUGAGAAAAAUGAA